AAUAAGCAAUGUACUCCCGUCCGAUGGCCAUGAUAUAUAUAUAUAUAGCCCUUCUUGCUCUGCAGUCUGCACACACACGUACAGCUCAAGUAAGCUUUAACUCUGUUCCAGCUAGAAUUUUCCCCAUUCUUGGCUAGCUUAAUUUCCUACUUUUCUACUCCCCUGGUCCCAGAGCGCUUUUGACACGUACUACUCCCGCUGUCUGUCCGAAAAAAUUUGUUUCUUAAAUGAAUGUAUCUAGCAUCACAUUCAUUUGAGGGACAAGCUUUUUCGGACGGAGGUUCUUAAUUUGUUUGCUCCAUCAUAGCUUCACCACACCAUGUGUUCAUGCAAUGCAGAGGUAAGGUACGAAACAGCAAGCUAGCGAGGUAAUCAAUGGCGCUAUCAGUAUCAGCUGCUGCUCCCGGCCAGGGCCAGCAGGAACCGCCGUGGGGGAAGCAGUUGAGGUACCAGCUCGCUGCUGCUGUGAGGAGCAUCAACUGGACUUACGCCAUUUUCUGGUCCAUAUCCACCGGCCCUCCGCCUGCAGGAGUUCUGGCGUGGAAGGACGGCUUCUACAACGGCGAGAUAAAGACGAGAAAGAUCACCAGCUCAACGACGGAGCCGACUGCCGACAACCUCGUCCUGCAGACAAGUGAGCAGCUGAGGGAGCUCUACGAGUCGCUCUUGUCCGGCGGCAACUCCGACCGCCGGGCAAGGCGUCCUGCCGCCUCGCUGUCGCCGGAGGAUCUUGGGGACGCCGAGUGGUACUACACCGUAAGCAUGAGUUACACCUUCCGACCUGGCCAAGGGUUGCCAGGCAAGAGCUUUGUGAGCAAUCAACACGUUUGGCUGUGCAACGCUCAAUUCGCAGACACCAAAACUUUCCAGCGCGCGCUCUUAGCAAAGGCUGCGUCUAUUAAGACAGUCGUAUGCAUUCCCUUUAUGGGUGGCGUGCUCGAGCUCGGGACGUCGGAUCCGGUUUUGGAGGACUCAAACAUGGUGCACUGGAUCAGCACAUCUUUCUGGGAGCUUCACUUAGCAUCAUUACCAGCAUGCUUGGAGUCAGAGGAGCCGAGCUCCAACCCGUCAUUAGCAAAAAGAACUGGCGAGGCUGACAUUAUGUUCGAAGACCUCAAUCACAACACCAUUGAGGGGAUGAUCUCUGAGCUAAGGGAGGUCGAGUGUUUUUCUGAUGUCGACCUUGAGUGCAUCACAAAGGAGAUAGAUGAGUCCCACAGCCUCCUCGAGGGGUUGGACAUGCGUGCUCUCGAGGACAACUGGAUCUUGGACGGGUCCUUUGAGUUUAUGUCUUCCCCGCAAAUGGUGCCGGCUAUGGAUGCCCCAUGCACGGAAGAUGUCAACGUCACUUUAAGUAGCUCCGUUGAAGGCACUCGACCAUCCUGUUUUAUAGCUUGGAGGAGAUCAACGGAGUCAAAAGAAGCGGAUGCGCGGGUCACCGAGGAGUCACAAAAGUUGCUGAAGAAAAUUGUGGCCGGCGGUGCAUGGACGAACAAUGGUCGUGGUGGCACCAUGGCGAGAGCUCGGGAAACUAACAUCAAGGCCCAUGUCAUAUCAGAGAGAAGGCGUCGGGAGAGGCUCAAUGAGAUGUUCCUAGUUCUCAAGUCACUAGUCCCGUCCAUUCAUAAGGUUGACAAAGCAUCAAUCCUUGUAGAAACGAUAGCUUAUCUCAAAGAGUUGGAGCAAAGGGUAAAAGAGCUAGAAUCCAGCGGCGCACCAUCACCGCGCCUGAAAGAAAGAAUAUGAUGGAGGCUCCAUGAUGUCACAGGAAGGAAGAAAUGUCUCAACUGGAUCUAAGAGGAAGGCAUUGGAGAGGGAGCAUAAUGAUGGCCACAUCAACAUCGUCAAUGUGACCGGGAUGUAGGGAUUAUGUGUGUCCUGCAACUAUUUAAUCCCGUUUGGAAAUAAUUAUGCACUAUAUAUGCAAUUAUUGUUGAUGGAACUAUAAGUUGAGGAAUCUAUACAUACUCAAGGUGUACUUAAGUAAAUAUUAAUGAAGAUUAGUAUUGGAAUAUAGUAUCAAAUAAUAUACCAGAAAGAUCAUCCGAGUACAAUACUAAAGUAAUUGGAAGGAGCUAGGUUUGUUGUCAGAUUACAGGCCUGAUAAAAAAAGAAAAUUAACAUAC